GUUUCAGCUGUUCUGUUUUCCACCGGCACUCAAAACAUCGCUGUGUCCGGGGACGACUUGAGUAGACCAGUUUCUGGCAAUGGGAGGGGGACCCAAAUCGACCAAUGGGGCUUCUCCACUUUCUCCUCGUGGGUUUCGUCGCAAGACGGGUGGGUGUUCGACGAAAACUUCGGGAGCAACGGGCGCUUCUAUGUAUGCGACACGCAAGUUCCAGGAGUGGAGAACUGGCUCAAAAGUCCCUACAUCGAAACGAAACGGUCUUCAAGGAUCGAAGUCAAAAUCAUGUACGCUCAAGUGCCAUGUACAAAAUACCCUCUUAGCAACCCCGAUUGCAAAAACGAGCUUACGCUUCACUACCUGGAAGCUUCAGGUCCCGACGACAAUCGACAGCUAGAUGCGCCCAAGUACACCAAGUCUUCUCGUACAAUCUCUGCCGACAGUUUCUUAGAGGAUCUCGGCGACCGCGACGAUGAUAAAGUUUAUGCUUAUUUUGAUUUGAUCAAUUUGCGAAGCGACACGAAAGGUAUUUUUCUGCUAAUCGGCGACCAGGGAUCCUGCUCGGUGAUUCACUCUGUCGAGCUGACGUACUUUGUGUGUUCCGAGCAACACAACGAGCUCGUUCGGUUUCCCGAGACGGUAGUGGGGCAAAUGGACAAAGAAGUUUACGGGCACUGCGUUGCGGAUGCAUCCCGAAGCAACCCGCCGAGAGCCACUUGUCGCUUCUAUGGAGCCUGGGAGUUCCACAAAGAAAUUUCGGAGAACUGCGCGUGCAAUGCUGGAUUUGAACCUACGACUGAUGUGUCUUCGUGCAAACCGUGUGAUGCGGGUACGUACAAAGCAUCAAAUGGCAAUCACUAUUGCAGUGUAUGUCCGAUGAACAGUUAUGCUAAGCGAACAGGCAGUACAGAGUGCAAGUGCAAAGACAGAUUCUACCGGGGCAAAAAUGAUUCAGCCGACUCAGCAUGUGAACAGCCCCCACCACCUCCUAGAGAUCUGAUGUAUGAGAUGAAAAACACGGUAGUGACUCUUUCUUGGUCCGCUCCCACCCUGCCCCACCUCUACCAGAGAAGAAACAUAUGCUACCAGAUAUCCUGCAGACGGUGUCCCCCCUCAGUGAUGGAGAGUUUUACAGACCAGUGCACAUAUGCGACUCAAGUCACUCUGUACGACUUGGAGCCCGAGACUGAUUACAUAAUCGACGUCUAUUCGGCUAACUCGAUCACUAAGGGAAGAGUGGGCCUGCAGAAUCACAACUCGAUCCAGAUCAAAACAGGAAAACUUGCUAGAGUCACCGAUCUGACUGUAAAUCGCAUCGGUCGCCAGGGAGUUGAGCUGACUUGGAAUUGCGACGCAGAUGCUCUACUAGCCAAUCACCAGUCCUCCUCCGGAUCUUCAAUCCCCCUCAACUCGCCUGGGAGCGGAGAAGGGGUGGUGAACAAAACCAACGGAGGGGGGACUUUUUCAUACCAUUCCGGCUCAACUGGUGGGAAUACUGGAGGACGCACAUAUGUGGCUGGCUCUAAUUUUGACCCCAGUGCAGAUCAGCAAAGAAGACCCUCAAAUGCGGGUGGUAAUAAUUUGGGUUACAGCACCGGCGGUAGCAGCACCAGAAGUGACUUGGGGGAUGGUGGGAGGAUGAAGACGUCGUCGUCGGCGGGGGGAAAUAUGAAGGGGACAGUAGUCGUGUUUGAAGUGCGUCUCAGUUGGAAAGGGCAACCACAUGCUAUCUUCACCACUUCCUCAUUCAGCUACGCCACCACAGAUUUGGAGCCGGGCUUCUGGGGCUUCCAAGUAUGCGUGGAGGGGGUGAAGUCAACAUGCAGUGAAGUUGUGAACAAAGAAAUUCUUACACCAGAGAUUGGAUUUGACUUGCGACACAUAAUAGCCUUGGCUGGCAUAGGAACAACUAUUGUGGUGUUGAUCAUCAUCACCAUGAUCUUGUCUGUAUGGUGCAUUCGCAACAACCUAGCCUCCCCCUCCCCAAAUGCAUACAGAGGGGCAGAACAGCUCAAGUGGGCAUCUAGCAGUGGGCCCCAUUUCUAUCACGGGGCAGGGGCAAUUGGCAACCAGUAUGUGAGCAACCACUCCCCUGAUUACAACAGUUCAGUGGGUGUUCAGGAAGAUUGGAUGUUGUCUGCAGGAAUGCACCAACAGCAGCAGCAGAUGGGGGGCAUGGGAAGUGAACAACUACCCUCCCAAAUGAUAGAAGAGUGGGGGGUGCAACACAUUCAACUCAGCAGAAUAGAAUUUGCCAAAAAUGAAACGCCAAGUUUUCCCAAUGGACUUCCGGACUUGAUAAAAGCGAGGCUGAGUGACCACUCUUUCAGCCAGACUUGUAUGGCCAUGAUCAAACAGGCCACGCUGAAAAGCUACUCCGAUCUGGGUCUGAUUGCCCAUGAAGUAGCAACUUGCGCCCAAUUUCAGCACCCAAACGUCCUUUACCUCUACGGAAUCGCUCUCAAUGGCCCAGAGAUGCUCAUAACUCUGGAGUACACUGGUAAGGGGACCCUGGAUAGACUCAUCAGGGACAUGUCUCCCCCCAACGGGGGUGUGGGGGGAUUGGGGGGACUUGGUCAGGUGGUGCACUUGUUGAGGGGAGUGGCCAGUGGCAUGCAGUUCUUCGCUGACCUCGGAUACGUGCACAAGGUUCUGACUUCUGAGAAUGUGUAUGUGACAGACAGUGACGUGUGCAAGAUAGCGGGAUUCGACACCAGAGCAGUUUUGGAGGCCGAAGAGGCGGAGAAUGUCAACUGCACCGUGUUCAACGCGUUGGUGCCGUGGCUUGCACCCGAAGUGAGUGCGGGCAUUGGGAAUGCACAGUGCAGACACUACUCCCUCAUGUCAGAUGUGUGGUCAUUCGGAGUACUCAUCUGGGAGUGUCUCUCGGCCGAGAAGCCCUUCGGUCAGACGCACCCACAUGAAAUAAUCCGGGCAAUUACAUGUGGCUACCGUCUACCAGUGCCCAAAGCAACAUCUGGCUCUCCGGGACCCCUGAGUGGUCUGAUGAUGGGAUGCUGGAACGAGAACCCCUUGCAGAGACCCUCGUUUCACCAGAUUCACUCCACCCUCGAGAAACUCAUCAGCAACCCCACUCUGAUGCUGGAACAGACCCAGUCAGCCACAGUCCAAAAUGAAACCCCAACUCUAUCCUACCUCAAUCUCAAUAGCAGUCCGGUGGAAGCAUCACAGAAACUAAAACAGGCAUCGACAACCUCCGUUUGUGGCACUGAGAACCCCAAUGGCACCUUUAACUCCCCUCCCUACACGCCCAUGACUAGCAUUGAGGAGUGGCUGCAGCACAUUAACAUGGACCACUGUGUGCCCAACUUGAAGAAGGGGCAGGACAAGAACUACAUGACCAUCGGAGACGUCAUCCACAUCGAUGGCAAGACUCUCAAGUCCCUCGGAAUUUGCAACCAAGACCGAAAAGUUAUCCUGAAGAGUUUGCAAUCAAUGGCGUCUUCUAUAAAACCGCAGUUACAGCCUCAGCAGAAAACAAUGAAAUCUUUCAAAAACGAGCAUCCCAAAAACUUAGGCUUGAACAAUAUAGCCCACAGCAUCAUUUGAUGAACAAAAAAACAUAAUUCGUUUUCUGACCAUGUUUGAAAAAAAAGAUUCCCAAGACAAAAGGUGCUCAUUCACAACUUACCGCGACUAUUUUGUAUUUGUAUUGAUUUGUAUGUGACACUUUUAUAGACAAUGUAGCAUUCUGAACGUAAUCAUUAUUGUUCUUUGCAA